CGUCACCGUCCCGUUGACGUUGAGAAGCCAUUUUACUAGAAACGACGAACCGUUCGUCGUGCAAGAACGUGUUGGCUUUUCUUUGGAUUUCCGUCGAAAAUUUGAAUCUCGUCAAGAAUUACCGUCACUCGUCCGUUGAAUCUGCCAUGACGUCGUGAUUUGCAACAGAAAUCCGACGCCUAAACGAGGUAUAACGGUUCAUUUUUGACCGAGACCGAAAAACUCCAUGGACACCGCAAUGGACAAGGCGGCCCAGGAAACCAUUGACGACUUCAAAAGCUCCCUGGCCGACCUGACGGUCAACAGUCGGCCACUCAUUGGAAUGCUGACUGUUUUGGCCGACGAAAACAAAAAAUACGCCCCGGCCGUCGUUGAAGCCGUCGAGGCGCACCUCCUGAAGGUGCCUCCUACUAGCAAGUUGGCAGUAUUCUACCUCAUUGACUCAAUUUGCAAGAAUCUUAAAAAAUUCUAUGCUGACAUCUUCAAGACCAAUCUUGUUAGCAACUUUUGCACCGUUUUCGAAGUGGUUGAUGAAAAAACACGAGCAUCUAUGUUUAAAUUAAGGAGCUCAUGGAAUAGCACAUUUCCUGCCACUAAAUUGUACGCCCUCGAUGCCAGGGUGCAAUUGCUCGACCCAGCCUGGCCGAUCGCCCAGAUGCCAGUUUCAAAAGGUAGCAGCAUUCAUGUCAAUCCAAAGUUCCUAGCGGGUGCGGCUCCGGUUGCAUCUGCUGAAGAACCAAAAAUGCAGUCAAUUGUGAUGGAAAAGCAGCGAGAACUGCUCGAGUUGCAAAAGCAAAAAGUGGCGCUUGAACUAUUGAAGGCUAAGGCCAGUGUACAAAGCAACACUACUGUUGUGCAAACGCCGGCCAAUGUGGUACGGAAUACCUCAAGGAUUGCUGUUGACUCGGCUCCGAAACCCCACCCCAGUAUUAAUCAGUCGUCCCUAUCACUGCCUUCAAUUCUUCUAAAACCAAGUGUAAACGCCAGUCGGACUGUGAUUCGUCCCUCUACAAUGACUGCUGUCAGACCACCGGCACCAGCUUUUCAGUCCGAACAAAGUCCUUCCAAGGAUCCACGCAUGGUUGCUAAAGCAAAGGCCGAGGCGCGACCUCAAAAAAUCAUGUCGCCAGAUAUAAUUGUUCUGCCUGAAAAAAAUUUAAAAUCAAAAAAAGAAAGUCCAGGCAAACGAAGCAGUUCAAGUAGCAAGAAGUCCAGCAGCAGUAGUAGUAGUUCCUCUUCAAAGAGCAGAUCGCCAUCUUCAAGUUCAAUCAAGAGUUCAAAGAGCAAAAAGGAAAGCAGCAGCAAGAAGAAAGUGCCUGAAGGCAAAUUCAAGGAUAUUAAAAGUAUCCACUUGCGUAACUACGUCCGCAAAGCACGCUCAGUCAGCUCCAGUCCUGAGCCACCAGCUGCCGAAAGCUCCAAAGGCGAGCAGAAAAAGUCUGAGCAGCAAGACAUCGACCUGCGUACGCUGGGGUCACCGACCGGCAAGAAGAGGGGGUCAACCCCUGAAAAAGGGGCCGCGGAACAGGCACCCUCGCCCAAAAGAAGCAAGCAGGCUGAGAUGUUGGACGAGUUGUUUGGCCACGAGGAUGUGGAUCUGCGUCAGUUGUCCGCACCCGUGCGUGCUGAACUGAAACGCGCCCCUGACUGGACGCGCUUCAAGGAGACAAAUCCUGACACGUACAGGUCGCCUCUGAAGAACUGCAACUGGGAAAACGGCUCGGAUAUUUCUUUGUCAGACAUCGAGAUCGCGCCUCCACCACCACCACCUAAGAUAAUCAUCCCUGAGGAACUCAAGAUCUCCCCCGCCACAGUGUCGCCCUUAGCUAAUCGUAGAUCUGGAGACUUUGACUCUCUUGGACGACCUCUUCUGCAUCUCAGGCUCUCUGAGGAAUCCAAGGAGCGUCGACGCACUUCAAGCACCUCGGAAGACAUUGAUUUGCGCACUUUGUUUGCCGAGAUGAAUGAUGAUGGUCAAGACAACUCAGAGAAAAUAACAAUGAUGAUAGCCCAGGCAGAUGAGCAGCUCAACAAUGGAACUCUGAACAUGACCGAGUACAAGACCCUGCUGAAAGAAGUGGUUCAGCUGAACGAGGCUAACAAGUUGCGUGAGGCAAAACGCAGGGACGAGCAGGAAAACUGGAGCGAUCCCACUUGGCAAGAUGAAGACUCCAGAGAUUCUGGAAAAGCCAGUCCUGAGGACCAAAGUACCAAAGAUAGCGGAGAGAGGCGUCAUAGAAAAAGAGACAACGACCCACGCAACCUGGAUGUGGAUGAGCGAUAUCCUUCCCACCGAAGGGACUUCCUGCAACACCACCGUGGCGGCCGCGGCUUCAAUCGAGGCGGUCGUUGGGGUGGAGGGGACAUGCGGAUGGGUUGGGACGGCGGUUGGCAGCAAAACAGGAUGCCCUUUAACCGAGGCCCAAGAGGGGCUUUCCCUCGGCCUCCGGGUGACUUUGGGCCCCGUUCCUGGAACAACCAGCAGGGCUUCCCCUUCCCUCCUAUGCACCCAGGCAUGCGGCCUAGGGGCAGUCAGCCUGACCUGCCUCAAGCUGACCCUCUGGAACUGGAAACGGCCAGGGCCAAUUUUCCCAGGACUAUAGCCAUUGACGGACUCAACAGGGACGUCAGAUACUACGGAGACGAGACCAUCAUACUCAUGAGUUACGAUGAUCCGAGGGACAUUUCCUUCUACCCUGCUGAAAGGGCAGUUGAGUUUGAAAAUGGCUUCAAAGUUGUCAUGACCAUUGGAGCAGGGCCGAAAGACGUGAUGAUCAGGAACUCGAUGCACCGCAUCAAAUUGGGCGUUCCUACAAGGGAGCUCAACAUUGAUGGCAAGGACUACGAGUGCUACUACGGAGGCAGUCCUGUACAGGUUGAGCUCAAUGGUAUGCCCAUCAGAGUUCAACUGGAGGGGCCGCCCCCACGGGUCAAGAUCAGUGACUACCGUCGAUUGGACUACUGUGCUGGAAAAAUCACCAUGGUCAUUGACGCAGUGGCGCGCGUCCCCAUCUACUUGGACGCCACACCGCAGAUUGUCCACAUUGAUAGUGUCCCUCAUGUAGUCAGAUUCAUUGACGCUUUUCGUCGCGUCCUGAUCAAUGGUCAGCCGUUCGUGUUUGAUUACGGCGGCCUCCCACAGCCCAUUUUUGUGCACGGCCGGCGCCACUACAUUGGACUUACUGCGCUGCCACCCUGCGUCACUCCAGGCUACAUCACCAUCAUGAACAUGGAAGGCUCUCGCCUGCCAAGUCCACCCAAGGAUGAGCCACCCAAAGUUGCAGAAAAGGCUGUGCCUGAAGAAUUCACCGGCCACUCCCCUGCUCUGCCUAUGGUGGGCGUGGCCAAGGGCAAGAAGGGUAUCAUCCCUGAGAAAGCACCCCCUGAGCAACGUAAGGCGCCCGUCAACAGAUCUAUUCUCAAUACCAAACCACAACUGGACGUCAUAUCAAACUUGAUACCUGCAGCGCCAUCAACAUCAACAAACGGGCACAACUAUGAAUUGCACAAAGAGCAGGAAAUGGAGACUUCAGCUCCAGCUGUUGCUCCUGAUUUGGCUGAACUCUUGGCCAAACUGAAUGAGUAUGGAAUAUUGCAAUCCAUAAACGCUGUGGAGGCAAAGAAAAAGGAAGAGACCGAAAAGAAAGAGGAAUACAAGCCAGUCACCUUGAAUUCAGAAAGCCUGCGAGUGAGGCAAGUUGGUUCUUACUCAGGCCUGUACUGCGGAAUACAGUGCAGCACCUGCGGUCUGCGCUUCCCGCCUGAGCAGACGCUCAGGUACAGCCAGCACCUGGACUGGCACUUCCGUCAAAACAGGCGGGACAAGGACAGUGCCAAGAAGGCGCAGAGCCGCAAGUGGUACUACGACGUCUCAGAUUGGAUCCAGUUCGAGGAAAUCGAAGACCUUGAGGAGAGAGCACAAAGUUGGUUUGAAACUCAAGCUGAGGAGGACAAGGUGGAGGAAGGGGAGGCUGAGAUUCCAACUGUGAUCGCCAAGGACGGCGAAGUUCAGGAACAAUGUGAGGUCUGUCAUGAGGCCUUCGAGACAUUUUUCCUACAGGAGAAGGAGGAAUGGCACCUGAGGGACGCUGUCAGGGUUGAUGACAAGGUUUACCACCCCCACUGCUACCAAGAUCUACAGAAUGCUCUUGAAAAAACUGCUGAAAGCACUGACCUGAAUGAGACAAAUGGUGAUGAGGAAAUGAAAGAGGAACAGAUGGAGACUGAAGGUGAAAAGGAAGAAGAGCCUGAGUCUAAAGAGGAGGAAGGAGAAGGGGUUAAAAAGGAGGAUGAGGAGGAGAAAGAUGUGAAAGACAAAGAAAAGGUCGAGGCCGAAGAGCCCAUGGAACAGGACAAACAUGAAGAAGAAAAAGAGGAAGAAGUGAAGGAAGGAGAAGAAAAUGAGAAAAUUGAGGUUGCUGAGGAAAAGAAAGAAGAAACUUCCGAGGUAGUCGAACCUGCUGCCCAAGUCAAAAUCAAGGAAGAGCCGAUGGAGGCCGAGCCGUGCAAAGACAGUGGCUUCUUCUCUCAGGACAUGGCUGAGGUGAAAACCGAGCCUGUAGAGCCCGAGGAGGAGGAAGUGCCUGAGCAGCACACGGUGGACACAACCAAAAUGGAGUUCAAAAGCUCCAUCGACGGUAACGUCGAGUUGCAGGAGGCGCCGGCUAAGUUAGCGGCGCCGGCCGGCAAAAUAAAAAUCACUAUCACGACCCCGGCGCCGGCGCUGCCCGAGACAAAGAAGGAGGAGGACGAGCCAGAGACGCCAUCGAUCGAGGAACCGAUCCGCGUGGCCUUGAAGGAGACGGACUAUGAACUCAAGCCGCGGCUCAAGGGUCGCAAACUGACUGAGAUGCCGCCCGUGAUGAAGGGCCGCGAAGACUCGGCUUUAUGUUCCAUCAUGUGAAGUCUUAAUUCGAAGCAACGAUUGUUAAUUUAUAAGUUUUCCCCCUCCUCUUGUGUUUAACAAAAUUGAAAACCCUAACCCCACAAUUGUGUUUUGUGCCGCGUGAGAGUACGUACGUGUAGGCCGUUUUCUGUGAUAAUACCAAACGAGAAAAUAAAUUAUCAGUAAGAAGCUGUUUUGCCAGAGAAAUUGCAAAAACUACUACCAAGCGCUGAUUAUAUUAAUCUGGCUUGCUUUAUUUUCAGACGUUGAGAAAUAAAAAAAUUGAAGUUGAGAAA